AUGCUGGCAGUUAUCAGCCAAUGGGGCAUUUCGGCCUCAAGGGUGAUUGGUCCCUCAUCAGAAGAGAUCGCUGCAGCGGUUGUCGCUGGACUGUUGAUUCCUGAAGAGGGCAUCAAGAUUGCUUACUUCAGCGGUUUGGCCUCUCAGUCCCACAAUCCAGGACAGCUCUUGGGCAUGCUUGCUGUCCACGUUUCAGCCGACGCUAUUGCCCCAUACCUCGAGUCGGAGCCCACAGUUCAAGUUGCUUGCUACAACAGUCCUGUGAGCUUGACAUUGUCUGAGCAACAGCCAGCUCUAAAGCGAGUAUGUGACGCCCUUAAGGCGGACGGUCACUUCGCCAGAAUUCUCCAGGUCAAUUUCGCCUACCACUCUGAGCAUGUACGCGGGACUGCGGAAGACUAA